AGAUAAAGUCUGAGGAAGAAAAAAACAAAACGAAUUGAUUUGAAGGUGAAAGAAAAUGAGUGGAAAUGGAAGAGAGGAAAAAUUUGUGUACCGGAUCAGCAUAGCAGAAGAAUGGGAAGAGUUGCAGAGAAAUGGCUCUACUUUCGGCGGAGACCUUGAUAAAUCUUCUCGGUUCAUUCACCUUAGCGAUCAUAACCAGGUACAGUCCACUCUGCAAAAUUUCUUCCUCAACACCAACCAUGAGCUGUACCUCCUCCAAAUCGAUGCCAACAAGCUUGGGGAUGGAUUGGUAUAUGAGAAAGCGGAUGAGUCGAAUAGUUUCCCUCAUUUUUAUGGACCAUCUGGAAGUUUCAUACCUCUUCCUUUAGAUGCUGUUACAAGAGCUGAGAAGCUCUCCUUUGUCGAUAGCCGAUUCAGCUGUCCUUUGCUCGACUAACUCACUUCACUUCAUCAUUUUUAUUGCCUUCUUCUUCUUCUAUCUCAUCUAUGUAAUAAUAUGUGAUGAUAUGGUCACUUUCGUGCAUUAAAAUUAUCCUUAUUUAGUUUGA